GGCGUCUCUCUGUUGAGGAAGAACGCUGUUCAGCUAGUGUUUAAGCCGUAAUUUGGUGUUUUCCGAGCGGAUCAGUUUGAGUGUUAAUGUUGCAAGGCGAUUCCAGACAGUCAAGACCUCUGCAAUCAGGAUGAGUACUCAAUACAGCAUACUGUUUAAACAGGAGCAUGCCCAUGAUGAUGCCAUAUGGAGUGCAGCUUGGGGCAAAAGUGAGAAGGAUGGUUCAGAGACCAUCGUCACUGGUUCUUUAGACGACAUGGUCAAAGUGUGGAAAUGGUCAGAUGAAAAACUGGAGCUGCAGUGGACUCUAGAGGGCCAUCAGCUCGGUAUUGUCUCUGUGGACAUCAGUCAUAAUGGUGCCAUUGCAGCGUCCAGCUCACUUGAUGCACAUAUACGCUUGUGGGAUUUAGAAUCAGGCAAACAGAUCAAAUCCAUGGAUGCUGGACCAGUGGAUGCAUGGACUGUGGCUUUUUCUCCCGACUCCAAAUACAUUGCCACAGGAAGCCAUCUUGGGAAGGUCAACAUUUUUGGAGUGGAAAGUGGAAAGAAAGAAUACUCCUUAGACACCAGAGGGAAAUUCAUUUUGAGCAUUGCCUAUAGUCCAGAUGGAAAGUAUCUAGCCAGUGGAGCAAUAGAUGGCAUCAUUAAUAUCUUUGAUAUUGCAACUGGCAAACUGCUCCACACGCUAGAAGGUCAUGCCAUGCCCAUUAGAUCGCUGACCUUCUCACCUGACUCCCAGCUCCUGGUUACGGCCUCCGAUGAUGGAUACAUCAAAAUCUACGACGUGCAGCACGCUAACUUGGCAGGCACCCUGAGUGGCCAUGCAUCCUGGGUCUUAAAUGUGGCCUUCUCUCCAGAUGACACACAUUUUGUGUCCAGCUCUUCAGACAAGUGUGUUAAGGUGUGGGAUGCCAGCUCUCGAGCAUGCGUGAAUACAUUCUUUGACCAUCAAGAUCAGGUGUGGAGUGUCAAGUAUAACAGCACUGGAUCUAAAAUCAUCUCGGCUGGAGAUGACCGAGCCAUCCAUAUAUACGACUGCCCGAUGUGAGGCCACGUCCCAAGAGCCAUGAGGGACUGUAAUGUGGGGUCCUGGAGACACCCUGGCCAAGUCCAGCCCUGCCAGUCCUGUUCUGCCCACUGAGGAACCAGUGCCAGGCUGAAAAGGCUCUGGUAUUGCUCACAUAGGUGGUGAUGCAAGAAUAAUUGUGAAUAUAUAUUUUUUUUAAGUUUAUUUCUUGCUAUUGCGAAAUUUAAAUCAGUGGCUGACAUGAAUAAAACCUACU